AUGCACGCUCAAACAGCGGCUCGUCUGCUGUCACCUUUGUGGCGGACUCAGUCAGCCUAUCAUCUUUCACUUGACCUCUCAGUGCUCCCUCCAGAGUGUGCACCAGGCGGCCACUCCAUCCUCCAGGACCCCUACCGCAGCACCACCUUCAGCUCCAGCUGGCUGCAGCAGUCGGCCCUGCAGGACUUCAUCUGUGACCACUCCCUCACUCCGGGCUGGUACCAGUUUCAGAUCUAUGACAAGCCGGCCAGCAUGCCCACCCAGUGUGUGGAGGUGAACCACUGUGGGACUCAGGCUCCUGUGUGGCUGUCCCUGGGUGACGGUGAGUCCCUGCCGGGGCCCGGCGAGGUGAGGCAGCUGACGGCCUGCGCUGCCUGGCAGCUCUUCCAGGGCGUCAGCAAAGAAUGCUGCAUGUUCCGCAUCCCGGUCACCGUCCGCAACUGUGGAGACUUCUAUGUUUACCUGCUCCAGCCUACGCAGGGAUGCAUGGGCUACUGCGCUCAGGAGAUGUCAGACACUUCACCCACAGCGUCGUGGAGCUGCGGCCCUGACGAGGUGAACGUCGAUGGAACAUGUAAAACAAAGCAGCCUCCCACUCCAUCUGUGCCGCUGAUCGUCUCAGAGGUGACAGGAAAGUCCGUCUACCUGAAGUGCAGCUUCGGGAGCAGCUCGAACAGCUCCCUGGGUUACGUGGUGGCCUGGUCCCGCCUCUCACCUGAGGGCAGGAAGGAGGAGCUCAAACAGGAGACCACCAUCCAGACCUCCGCCUUCAUCGAGCUAGACGGCUUCAACCUCCGUCUGGGGGACAAGAUUUACUGCUCCAGCUCCAGUUUCUUCUUGGACUCACCCGACAUCCGCGGAGCUUCAGUGGAAAGUCAAGAGUUCUUUGCUGGGAUUAUGCUGAGACCAGAGGUGAGCAGUGUGUCUGAGGACGGGAGGCUGUACGAGCUGGUGGUUGAGAGCACAGUUCCUGUCCCGUGUCUGGAAGAGUCCUCUUCCUCUACAGAGCAGUGCACUUUGUCUCUGCAGCUCAGCACAAGCAGUAAAGAUGACAGUUUAUUGGGUGCAGAUCUGUCUCUGUCCUCCUGUGCGGUGGAUCUGUCCCGGGGCCCCUGUAGGGACGGGGUUUGUAGCCGAGCUCUGAUCCACUUCAGCCCGGUCACUGACUUUGUCAAAGAUGGCAACAGGACAACUCAGAUCUCCGUUAAAUCCAUCGUCACAGAGAAUUUUCUCUGGAACGGAUACUCACCAGAACCAGUUGAGAUAACAGUGAGCGAUGUCCCCUCAGCCUACUGCUACUCCUUCACUGAUCCCCACAUUAUCACAUUUGAUGGCAGGCACUAUGAAAACUACCAAGUCGGCACUUUCAUUCUCUAUAAGAGCGUUUUGAGGCCGUUUGAGGUCCAUGUUCGUCAGUGGGAGUGCGGCAGCGUGGUGCACGCCGCCUCAUGUGUGUGCGGCUUCGUGGUGAGGGACGGCGGCGAUGUCAUCGCUUUUGACAUGUGCAACGGAGAGAUGGGUGAAACCAAACCUCAUCUGUCUGUGAAGAACAGAGACUUGAGCAAGAGUGGCAUUCGCAUCACCGAGUCCUACCAAGGACGCAAAGUCACAAUGACCUUCUCGUCAGGAGCGUUUGUUCGUGCAGACGUGUCUGACUGGGGAAUGAGUCUGACGCUGAGAGCCCCCAGUUCAGACCGGAGCCUCACUGAGGGCCUGUGUGGGACCUACGACGGACAGUCAGACAAUGACUUCCACACAGCAGGGGGCGCCACACUAGAGCAUGUGCACGCGUUUAUCUCUGAAUGGAGGCUCCCUCCAGGCAACAGCCUGUUUGACACCGUGCCAUCCCACCUGAGCACACUGAGCCUUCACAAGUACUGUAACUGUCAGGCAGAGCCCCGCCUCACAUCUCCCAGAGCCCGAUCUCAGCCAGUCACCUCCUCUGACACCACCUGCUCUCAUCAUGGCAACGUGCACCUCCCCAGUGUCAUCCCUACUCUGGACGUCACAGCUGAGUACAUCAGCUCGGUGGAACUACUCAGAAGUGAAGGAAACGACAGGCAGCCGGUGCCUCCAGGCCACUCCAGGGAUGGAGCUUCAACCUCAGCCCACCAGCAGCGACGCAGAAGCAGGCGGCAGACCCACCGUUACAUUUCUAACUCUCCACACCAAAGCCUCAGCCAGUCUGAUCUGGAGAGCUUCACCUACUUUUUCCCAGAGGACCACGAAGCAGCCGUUCAGCCUGACUUGUCCUUAACGUGGCCCACACCUUCUGGCAUGACCAAGCAGCAGGCCAGGACUCAGUGCCAGCAGGCCGUGGCAGACUCAAGCAUAGCGUUAGGCUGCAGCCGCCUGUUAGAAGAGUCAAUAAUUAGCCGUGCUGUGGCUAUGUGUGUUACCGACCUGCAGCUGAAGGAUGAGCAGUCAUGGCUGAAUGCAACUCUACCGCUGCUGGAAAAUGAGUGUGAGAGGAGGCUGAUUGAGCAGAGGAGGAGAGAAGAAGAGUACCAGGAUGUUCUGGCUGUCCUCAAGUGUCCCAGUCUGUGCAACGGGAACGGCCAGUGCUCAGAGUGGGGAUGUGUCUGCUUCCCAGGAUUUGGGUCAUAUGACUGCAGUGUGCUGUCUGACCAGAUCCCGGAGAUCACUGAGCUGGAGAAAGAAGGUCUGUGUGACGUCCGACAGGGAGACUGCUCCACCAUCCAGGUGUACGGUCAGGGCUUCAAGGACUCCUACGAGCUCAAGUGUGAGUUUGUUAAAGAAAAGUUUGAGGAUGGGGAGUGGCUUCUGGACGAGCCCCAGUUUGUCCUGGCCACUUUCUUAGAUGUGACGGCUCUGGAGUGCCAGCUCCCCCUGGAGGACAGCCGGGCUCCUGCAGGCCUGGACCCGGAGACGGUGACAAACAGACCACUGGCUCGCUGGCAGAUCAAAGUAUCCAACGAUGGCUACAGCUACAGUAACGCCAAGAUACUGACUCUGUAUGACGGAGCCUGUCAGAUCUGCAGCCUCAACACUGAAGUCCUCUGCACCCUGAGGGAGAAAACCUGCAACAUUGACGGGCUCUGUUACAGUGAAGGGGAGUCUAAUCCCAGCAGCCCCUGCCUGACAUGUCGCCCCGACUCGUCCAAGCACUCAUGGUCCAUUGCACAGAAGAACGAGCCCCCGGUGCUCCAGUCGAUGCCGUUUCGUCUCCGGUCCUUCCAGGGGGAGAAUUUCAUCUACCAGCUACAAGCUCGGGACCCCGAGGGCUCAGCGGUGCUCUUCACCCUGGAAUCAGGUCCUGAAGGAGCCUCUCUGUCUCCUGCCGGCCUGCUGAUGUGGAAGACUGAAAGUACAGACACACACACUUUCCAAUUUACUGUGAUGGACGACUGUAACGCUGAGACCAGAGCCUCCAUACAGGUGUCUGUGCGCUCCUGUGAAUGUCUGAAUGGAGCUUCCUGUGUGACCAACAUCAACCUCCCCGCCGGCAGCGGGGAAUACCGGUGUGUGUGUCGCGAUGGAUUUAAAGGUGAAAGGUGUGAGGUGGAUAUCGACGACUGUAAACCCAACCCCUGCAGACUGGGCCGCUGUAUUGACGGCCCUAACUCCUUCUCCUGUAUCUGCCCGCCUGGAAUGACGGGCCGCACAUGUAGAGAAGAUUUAGAUGAGUGCGUGUCUCAGCCGUGUUUCCCCGGAGUUGGCUGUAACAACACGCUGGGCUCCUUCAUCUGCGGAGUCUGCCCACAAGGAUUCAGUGGAGACGGGAAAAUCUGCACACGAAACCAAGACUCGCCGGUCAAAGCAGGGACCACACCAGCAAGAGUACCGCAGGUAUCGUUGAGGCCCAAACCCUCGGGCCCGUCCCUGUGCUCCAGACGUCCCUGUCACCCGGGGGUUCAGUGUUUCGAGAGCACCCACGUCUCAGCGGGCUUCGUCUGUGGACCCUGUCCUCCCGGUCUCCAAGGAAAUGGACGAACAUGCUCAGUAACGGGUCAGGGGACAGUCGCCAGCGGAGCCGAUGGUCACAUUCAUGUCAUCAAAUCAAAUUCCAGCAAAGAAACGACUCCCACCUCCUCCUCUUCUUCCUCCUCUUCGUCGUCUCCCUCCUCACCCAGACGACCUCCUGACAGGAGGACGAGACCAGAAGCCACCAUCUCCAGAGUUUCUUCUACUGACAGAAAGACGACAGCAACGCCGCAGAAUCAAACUGCCACCAGAGUGUUGGCCCCCACCAUCCACAGAGGUCAGCCCAGCUCAGUGGAGCCUAACCAAGACCUUCACACCGGGGUCAAAUGGGGGUCAACACCUCACCUCGUGACCUGUGCCGACUCUCCCUGCUUCCCCGGGGUUCCCUGUGAGCCCUCCGUCACCGGCUCCUUCAGGUGUGGACGCUGCCCGUACGGCUACACCGGAGACGGAGUCACAUGUAAAGCUGUGUGCAGGUAUCAGUGUGGGAGGAACAUGGAGUGCACUCAGCCCAACACCUGCACCUGCAAGGAAGGCUACACUGGCUACAACUGUCACAUCGCCGUGUGUCGACCUGACUGCAAGAACCAGGGGAAGUGUGUGAAACCGAAUGUGUGUGAGUGUUCUGCGGGCUACAGCGGGCCCACCUGUGAAGAAGCAAGCUGCGAGCCGCCUUGUCAACACGGAAGCACCUGUCUGGCCAGAAACCUGUGUACCUGCCCCUACGGCUACGUGGGACCCAGAUGUGAAAUCAUGGUGUGCAACAGGCACUGUGAAAAUGGAGGCGAGUGCGUUUCUCCUGAUGUCUGCAAAUGUAAACCAGGCUGGUACGGACCAACAUGUAACUCAGCUCUCUGUAACCCCGUCUGUCUGAACGGAGGAACGUGCAUUAAGCCCAACAUCUGUGCCUGUCCCAGCGGCUUCUACGGCUCUCAGUGUCAAAUAGCUGUGUGCAGUCCUCCCUGUAAGAAUGGAGGUCAGUGCAUGAGGAACAAUGUAUGCUCCUGCCCUGAAGGCUACACAGGAAAAAGGUGUCAAAAGAGUGUUUGUGAGCCGAUGUGCAUGAACAAGGGAAAGUGUGUGGGACCCAACACGUGCUCCUGUGCAUCAGGGUGGAGAGGGAAGAGGUGCAACAUACCCGUCUGUCUGCAAAAGUGUAAAAAUGGCGGCGAGUGUUUGGGACCAAACACCUGCCACUGUUCCUCCGGCUGGGAAGGUCUCCAGUGUCAAACACCGGUGUGUACACAGCGGUGCCUGAAUGGAGGGAGGUGUGUCCUCCCUGACUACUGCCACUGUCGGAAAGGCUACAAGGGCCUCACCUGCACAGUAAAGGCGUCACAAGCAUGAUGGAAGAGAAAAGAGAAGUGGGAUGAAAGAACGUACAAAAUGCACAAGGCAAGGGAGCAUCAUAAAUAGUUGUGUGUGUUUGUGUGUGAGUGUAGGAGUGUGUGUGUGUGUGUGGCUCUGUGAAGGCUAACGGGGGACUUGAUGUAUUGCACUUGUCUGUUGGUCCCUGUAUAUCACUACCUCAAGGCUCCCAGUAACACACAUCUGUUGGAUGCAUCAGCAGAGACUUUAUACAGAUGUGUGAGUGUUACUGCAAAGUAUUAUGUAAAAUAAGUAAACGAUAAAAUAAUCUGCUUCAGUGACGUUUCAUUCAUAAGCUGUCGUUUUUUUGCCAUCGAGCUUUUAGUUUUAGGUUUUUCACAAUUUAGCCAAAUUUAUAACCUUUUACCAAACUGAUGUGCACUGUUUGUUUCUCACUAAAGAGAAAAUUAAAUGCGAGUUUGCUUUAUUAAUUUUGCUUAAUUUAGAUGGUAAACAUCAGUAACCUGAUUUAGACUGAAGACAUUGGUAUAAAUAAGUUGCCAUUUAAUAAAAUUCUAAUUUGUUUAUAUUUCUUUCAUGCUUUCAUUAAUAUAUUGUUCAGUUGGGUGAAGUAAUGACCCUGUUUGGAGUUAUAUAUAGGGUUUGUUUUAUAGAAAAGUUUACACCGUGGUACAAGUUACAUGUGACAAAAUAAAGAAAAUGUACUGUGUCUAAA